GCAAAGGCUGGAGCGAGGUUGUAUAAAGUCUUGUCCCCGUGGCCAGACGGUUGGACUCAGUCUCUUGACUUCUGGUGCUGGAGAAAACGCAGUUGCCGAGACUGUGUGUCCUUACUCGUGAUGUUUUGUGGGAAAGUCCUUGUUGCCUUGGUUUUACUUCUCAACCAGUGCUUCGCUUUAUGGAGGUAUAAAACAAAUUCCAUGCCGUAUUCUAUUUUCAGUACCAGAACAACUAUCCAUUUAGAGUAUACUGGAACUGGUUUUACAGAAUGGGAAACCCCAGCAGUUUGUUCUGUUGGAAACAAAACUUCAAAAACAACAGUUAUGAACUGUGCAAAUCAGGGUACUCAUCGAAUAAGACCUCUAGUUGCAAAUCAGGAUCCAGAAUUGGAAGAACGCUUUUUAUUUGUGGAACGUUCUAGUGAUUGCUUCCUGUGGUAUUUACAAUCAAAUUCAGUGGAAGGAGAUGACAGUCAGCAUAUACAGAUAUGGAUAUAUGAUCCCGAAAAUUCAAGUCCUUCUGAGCUGGAACAAACUGCAGGACUUCCUUCCAUGAAUUCCAAGACACUUAGCAUGCAGUUUAUCAGUAUGGGACAAGAGCCUGUUUUUCAAUCAAUAAUUAAUCAUGUUCAGUACUUUCCAAAAACUUCUGAGCAAGAAGGGGUCUGGGAAAUAAAGAUACCACAUAUAAGCCAGAACAUGUUUAUGACAAUCAAAGGCAAUUCAGUGGCUUUCCAAGAUUGCUUUAUUGCAGACUAUACAUUUAUACUGUCUUAUUCUAAAUUGUAUUUGGUUGACAAUCCUGACUGGGAACCACUUGGGUCUGAGUCUCCAGAAUAUAUCCUUUAUGACUGGCCUCCAUGCUUUCCUGCAUCUAUCGUAGCAGUUUCAUUUUGGGAAACUCUUUUUACAAAAGAUUCUUUCAAUACUUCACAGAAGGUCAGAGCCCCGAGAGGCUACAUGCCUAGAGGAUAUUAUAAUAAAGUAACCAGUGUUGCUAUGGUGGAUGAAGGAUUACUAUUUUUAAUAAAAGGAAAAAUUUACCUGAGGAGAGAUGACCUUUUUUCUCACCUCGACUCAACUUUGGGCAUUCCUGACAAUGUACUUGGAAUAGGAACAAGAACCUGGUGUUGGCCUGACUAUAAAUCAAGGGAAGGACUAGAAUUAAGUCAAAUGGUAAUGUGGACGAAAUCAGAGGUCUAUGUUUUAUAUUCUCAUUUAAAAUUCAACUUACUAGCAACAGCUGAAGACCUCUUGAAACGUAUGCGCCUGAGUCCCUCUAUGGAGAGUUCCAUGACUGUAAAAUAUGUUACUUAUACCUCAGACCCAACUGGAAUUGCUAUACUGAUAGCUAUGUAUUUUGGAAACAAAAAUGAUUCCCUGUACUUAGUAUCCUAUAAUGAAGAUUCAUAUGAAUGGAUUCUAGAAGACUUCGAAAUGUUUGUCCCUCACAACAGACGUGUUUCUGUGCUAUUCAUGUUUUCAGCAUUGCCAAAUUUUGUAAUAUGGGAUGACUAUUCUGUCUACUAUAGCUACCGGAAUCAUUCAAAAACUGGCUUUCUGGAAACAAAAGAUGGAUUGCAUAAUUUAUCAGCGGCAACAAUGGGCAGCACCAUUCACCAAGUUUUCAUAGAUUAUUAUGGGAAUGCUUUGAUAAAGAUGUACAACAAUGUGAUGCUUUAUUUCAAAAUUGAAAUCACAGAUGUAGAAAUUCUACAUCAGUGGACUAAAGAAGACGACCGAUGUUUAAUUAUAAUUAACCCUUCUGAAGAUCUAUUUCUUCUGACUUUUAAUCAAGGCACGACAACACUUUCAGAAUAUCCAUUAGUGCUGGAACUAUAUAGUUCAACUUUUAAAAGUAAUAUUCAAUGUCCAUAUAUGUUGUUUGAAAGCAGCAUUUAUUUCAACAAUGUCUAUAUGGAUAAGAGAACUGAGUUGACAUUUUGGUGUCAAGUGGUCUAUCCUGAGAAUUUAGGUCUAUUUUCUAUUGUGGAAGUCUAUGGACCAAAAAUAUUAAAGGAGAAGAGAAGUACUUCAUAUGAAAUAGCCUUGGGAAUCUGCACUAAAAAUCUGACAGUGACAUUAUACCAAGAUGUGAAAUAUGAAAAUGUAGAAAAUUACUAUCAACUCCAAGAAGAAAACACGGGUCAUAUGAUGAUUCAACUGCGUCCCAGUCAAUUUUCAAAAAUAUGUCCAUUAAGUAGUCAGGCAGUUCAUGUAUUUGUUGGCUGCUUUCCACAGAGACAUAUUGUUGUCAAAGAAUAUGAUUAUGAUGAAUGUAAAAAAGAAAACAUUACUUACACCAUUGAAAAGGAAUUUUUAAGGGGCAAUGCAACUGAAAACAAGAAUGUAUCAUUUGAUACUCAAAAAAAUGGCUGUCCUUUGAGAAUUAGUAUGAGGAGUAGCUUCCAUCCCACUCUUCUAUUAUAUGAUGCUGAUGUCUUUGUUGAAGAAGUUACAACAAAUUUUAUUGUCAGGGAAAUACAUGGAAGAAUGGAUUUCACUUUUAACUUAACGAUGAAGGAAAGUGGUUGUGUGAAUGAGGCACAAACAUGGGAUUCAAUGUUGGAAAAGAAUAAAUACCUCCCUAUAGAAGAGGUCUGGGGACCUCAGAAUUAUAAAGACUGUUUCACAUAUUCUGUUGGAAAACCCGGAGACCUAUCAAAACCAUAUGAGAUUUUGAAUAUGAGUAAUAAAAAUUUUAUAAUUUUUAACAAUCCUCAUCUUGGCAUGUAUGUGUUCGAAAUUAAGAUCCUUGAUCCAAACUACAGUUUCUGUAACCUAAAGGCCAUCUUUGCGAUUGAGACAUUUGGAGAAACUCCCAAAACAGAUACCUUACUGGUUGUUUUGUUCCUGGGGAUUCUCAUAUUUGUGUUCUUUGCUUGCCUGAUAGGGAGCUACUUCCAGUAUUUAAAGAUUUUUCGAAAAUUUAUUUAUGAACCACAUUUAGGAGCUAAAAGAGAAUAUUAAAAGCAAGAAGAAUAAUUUUAUCAAGACUAAAUGAUAGAGAUUUUUUAAUUCUGUGUUUUUUCAUCAUAAGGGAGAAUUAAAAAAAACAUCUUGCCCAUAGUCAAUAAGUAUAGUUAGAAGUCAAAUUUAGCAUAUGAAAAAUGUUCUCCAAGUUACCCCUAGACUUAAAGUUCUUCCUGUUUUUGUGUGCUAUGUUUCCUUAAAUAGUAUCUAAUGUUAAAAGUUUUUGAAUAUUCAUGGGCUACAUUUCAAAUAGAGCUGGACUUGGCUAGAAUAGUUCUAUGAAAACAAUAUGAGUCCUAAAGUCGUUGAUGCUCCCAAUAGGAGUAUAUGCUGUAACAGGUUGACUGAUCAGAUAAGACUGGUAUGAGUCUUACUUAAUAGCACAUAUAUUUACGAAACCUGUCAUCUGAACUAGUCGAAAUCUGAUAAACUGUUAGGAUGACAAAUUCACAUUUGAAAUUUUUUCUUUGAUAAAGUUUGGGGUUGGUCUGUAUUGUUUUUAUUUUGUUUUGUUUCAUUUGUUUCAUUGAUUUCAUUCGUGUUUGUUUCAUUGAAAGGCAGCAGCUAUUUGUUUUGUACAAUUUUCAAAAAAUAUGUUUUAAGGUAUAAAUCAUUAUAUUAAAGAUAAGUGCACUUUAACACUUGAAACAAAAA